AUGAGGUUGGUAGUUCUGUUAUGGAACGAAUUUUGUGAAGCAAGACAAGAAGCUGGACUUCAAGGUGUUAGUCAUUAAUGACUCAUAAUAUUGCUGAACAACUGCUUAUACAAAUUCUAUUUAAUUUUAUUUAUUUAUUCAUUAUUACUUUAGUUAGCUAUUCAAUGGGGUGCUAUUGGAGAUGUUGGUCUCACCAUGGAUACUAUAGGUGGAAAUGAAAAAUUUGUCAGUGGCACAUUUCCUCAGCGUAUGAAUUCAUGUUUGAAAAUAUUUUAUGUAUAUUUACAACACCCUCAACCAGUUUUGGCUUCAACGGUUUUAGCGGAGAAGAAAAGUGAUUCUGGUUUGAUUGGUUUAGUCUUGAUUCUGAAUGCUGACAAAUUAGUUUUAUCAAUGUUGUUACUAAAAUUCUUGGUAUCAAGAACACCGAAAAUAUUACUGUAUCAAAUACUUUGGCGGACUUUUGUAUGGUUUCUUUGAUGGGAGCUGAAAUCAAACAGACACUUGAAAGAAACUACAAUUUGUUGUUGAGCGUUAGUGAAAUCAGAAUUAUGACUGUUAAAAGAUUACACGAAUUGCAAAGCAACAGUGGUGGAGUUCCUAGCGGUGUUCCUGCAGACACCACCACUAAUGGAGUAAUUUCUAGAAACGAUCAGGUUGUGAAAAAAAUGAAAUUGAUAUUUCCCGUUUAUGAAUAG